GAGGCCGGGAUGUUAGAGUGUGGGAGGCGCGGCCGGGUUGCUACAGCUGGAGCUGGGCGGCGGCGGCGGGUGCUGCCUGCGGUCCCUGAGGCUGCACGCCAUGGACGGGCUGGAAGAAAAUGGAAGUGUUGUCCAAGUUGGAGAAUUGUUGCCCUGCAAGAUUUGUGGAAGAACAUUCUUUCCGUUAGCACUGAAAAAACAUGGACCCAUUUGCCAGAAAACUGCCACUAAAAAGCGGAAGACUUUUGAUUCCAGCCGGCAGAGAGCUGAAGGGACUGACAUUCCCACAGUGAAGCCUCUCAAACCCAGGCCAGAACCACCAAAGAAACCAUCUAAUUGGAGAAGAAAGCACGAGGAAUUCAUUGCCACCAUAAGAGCAGCCAAAGGUCUUGAUCAGGCUCUCAAAGAGGGCGGCAAACUUCCUCCUCCGCCUCCGCCUUCCUACGACCCGGAUUACAUUCAGUGUCCAUAUUGCCAGAGGAGAUUCAAUGAAAAUGCAGCCGACAGACAUAUCAGUUUCUGUAAAGAACAGGCAGCACGUAUUAGUAAUAAGGGCAAAUUUUCUACUGAUUCCAAAGGAAAAGCAGCCUCUCGGCCACAGUAUAAGCCGUCUCUGCUUAAAAAAUCAAAUCCUCCUGGAAGUACGUCAUCAGGAUCUUCCCGACUGCCACAACCAAGUACUACUAGCAAAGCAGUUGUAGGUGUGGCUACGGGUAAAGCAUCUUCAGUUAACAGUCCUUUGGGAAACAAACCUCAGACUUUAUCUCCUUCUCAUAGAGCAGUAGCAGCCCCUCAGGCAGGUAAGAUGGACAAGUUAGGCCCUCCACUUCGAACUGGAAGACAUGUGCAAAGGUUGUAUGGCAGUGAUACAAAGUCAAACAGUACCUUCAAAAGACAUGAGCUAGUACCCAUUUGCAAAGCUAACACCAAGUCUCGAAAUACCACACCUCCUAGUUUGGCAAGAAAUUCUGUGGCAGGGGUGCUUACCAACAAAAGAAAGACUUUGACUGAGAGCUAUGCAGCCAGGCCAGAUGGAGACUAUACAUCUGCAGUUAAUGGUGGAAACAUUAAAGGCAUCGAGGGAAAUUCAUCUGGACACUUACCAAAAUUCUGCCAUGAGUGUGGGACAAAGUACCCAGUUGAGUGGGCAAAGUUCUGCUGUGAAUGUGGCAUUCGAAGAAUGAUUCUGUAGACAGAAUUGCGAAUACUAAGAGUCCAGGUUCAGAAUUUAAUGAUGAUUGCUUCUUUGACACCCACAGCACUUCUUACAGUUACGUUAUACUAAAGCUAUUUACAGUACUCUUUCCCUUAGUCUUUGAACAUAAUCCAUUGGCUGUAUAAUGUGUUUAUGUAUAUGUAUGUAUAUAUAUUUUGUAUAUAAUAAAUUUCAUUCCUUCA